ACUGAGAAGAGUGAACUAAUUUUGACUAAAUCAAACCGAUAAAAAAACAUUUAAAACAUGGGCUAAACAGUGCGAAGCUGUCUCUGGAUUGCAGAUCCGUAUAAUGCCUUUUCUUGGCAAGAAUUUUAGGAAAAAUAAAGAGAAGAAAGAGAAGGUUAAAGCUGAAAAAAAUAAGAAUGGAGUUGCGUCUCCGAGCUUCGGUCGAGCGGAUGCAAAAGUAAACAUACGAAGCAAAGAAGUUUUAAAUCGCGGAGAUUUACAAAAUGCAAAACAUCGACCAAUACCAUCAAGGGAUAUUUCUGAAUCAUAUAUUGAAUUGCCAACUGUAAAUGAUAAUGACCACAAUAGACCUCCAUCUGUGUACAGCGGUGGUUCCUUAGAACAGAGGGGUCAGACAGCCUUGGCCAGAACAAACUAUAUUGAGGAGUCCGGUUCUGAUGGCCUCAGCGUCAAUUCUAAUGAUUCUCGACUUAGCAGAGGAUCGGGGAACUCCUUUGGAAACCGUUCAAGAGAGAUGGACUUAUUUAAACAAAAUGGAAAGCAUUUUACUAGAGACAAUGGACUACAGGCAAACAUGGACCAAAUAUUAGAAUCAUACAGAUCCCCUCCAUCAUAUGCCAAUAGAUUUGGAUUGCAACGCGGUCAUUCACAAAAUACUGCCGAUAGAUAUCGACAUCCACCGCCAUAUAGGGAAAUGAGGAACAGUUUUGGAUUUCAUGGGGUAAAACCAAUAAUGUACAGUAGAUCAGAAAAUGUACUCAAUCGCCCCAUAAGUGGGCACCAGGCUUCCAGUUACCCAGAUAUUCGGUUAGUUGAAGGAGUGGGUUUCAGACAAUUUGGGCAGCAGAUGCCUGCAAACAGGCAGGCGAGAAACCCGAAACUAUUCAGAAAAGUUGAUCAAGCAACAAUGACAGAUGAAGUUGCAGAUGAGUCUGAUUUAGGCAUCCAAGAUCUAGGGUUUCCUUAUCAGAUUUAUAGCAGCCAACAAGCUGCAAAUCAAGAACAGGCAUCAUUACACUCAAACCCAUAUGAGGCAUUUAGUGGAUUAAGUUUCUCAGCCUACACAGACCCACAUCUAAAUGACUCUAGGAUAUAUAAUUUUGGCCAAAGCUGGGGUGGUCAAGAAUUAAUGAUAUCAAGUCCAACAGGGCCUUGGUUCCACACACCACAAGUCAAUGGAGAGAUGUAUGAAGGACCACAGAGGUCUGCGCAGGGUAAUUCACCAACUGCAUCUGGUCUUGAAGCAAAUUCUCCAGGCAAGUUAAAGACACUUGAUUACUCUCUUCCACCUGGAUGGACCGUGGACUGGACUCGGGAUGGAGAAAAGUUUUAUGUGGACCAUAAUAAUCAAACAACAACAUGGUGUCAUCCGUUUGAAAAAGCUGGUCUGCCUGAAGACUGGGAGAAAGUUGAAUCACCUGAACAUGGCACAUACUAUGUCAAUCACAGAACAAAAACAGCUCAAUAUGACCACCCUGUAAAGCAUUUGUUGGUAGAAGAGAACCUUCCUUAUCCCUCAAAGGACUCUUUAGUACCUGCAAAUCCAUAUAUGUAUGCUGAGAUACCUGGAUGGCUUCAGUUUUACUCAACAGCUUCAUCAGAAUAUGAUCAGUAUCUUAAGUGGGAUUUAUUCCGUUACCCAGACCUAGACUGCUUUCAGACAAUGUUGAAACGUCUCUACAAGAAGGACUUGGAGCAGGUUGUGUACAGGUACGAGGAGCGAAGGCAGGCAUUGCAGAGGGAAAUUGAACGAAGACAACAGCAAGGGCCUAGAACGUUUACUACCCGAGUGCUAGCUGAAUUGGGCGAUGAGACAAGUGUAUAGGAGGACAGUAUUCAAUCUGAGGAUGGAGAAUGCUUUGAAUCAUUCACACAAAGAUGUUGGAAGAAAUCUACUAACAUCCCAUUACAAGUUUGAAGCAAUCUUGUGCUGGGAAGUCAAAUUGCAAUCCAAUUUCGUUGGAAUUUCUGUUUGAAUUGGUUAGAGUUGCAUUUGUGCAGAUGUAAAAGAGGCAUGCAAGGUCACCUGUAGGAUGUUGAAAGAAUUGUUGAAGGAUUAAGGGCCUGUUUACAUGGAGCGAGUUACCCUGGCCAGGCGAGGUGAAAACUGCAUGAAAGACUAAUCAAGUUAAGCCUUGAUAUGAUGCGCUUUUACCUCGCCUAGCUGGGAUAACUUGCUCCAUGUAAACAGGCUGUAAAUAUGAAUUGAUGCGGGAUACCAAUAAUAAAAUUGCAAUGUAGAUUAGCAUAGUAAUGCAGAUAACUGCUUGUAUAAACAGUUUGUAUAUAAAAACUGAAUAUAUUGGUCUUUAAUAAUAACUAAUUAGAGUGGUUGUACUGAAGUGUACAGAAGGAAGAUUUUUGGAG